GGUUCUUUUUUUAAGUCGGGUAGUUCAUAACUGCAUAUUAACACGAAUUUAAAAUAUUGCACGCUUGCAAAACGUUUAAUUUACCUACUCCAAUGCCUUUCUUGUACUAAGGCAUGCGCUUUACGUUUCCUUGGCUAUUACGGUAACGUGAGGUAGGCGGACGUUUGCGUCGGAAUGUACCAUUUUGCCAACACACCGGGAAGGAUUUUGUUGUGACAGCGGAGUUACAACCCGGCGGGGGAGACGGUAAUAACAUAGGGUUUUUUCCAGCUUGGAUCAAUAAUGGCCUUCAGCAAGGGAUAUCGUAUUUACCACAAGCUGGACCCACCACCUUACAGUGUCAUAGUGGAAACUAGGGCCAGGGAGGAAUGCCUCAUGUUUGAAUCAGCAGCUGUUGCUGUUCUGUCGGCAGCAGAGAAGGAUGCUAUUAAAAACACAUAUACCAAGAUAGUUGAUGCCUAUGGAAUUCUGGGUGUUCUUCGCCUAAACCUUGGUGACUCCAUGCUCCACAGUCUUGUGGUUGUGACAGGCUGCAGCUCUGUGGGCAAGGUGCAGGAUUCAGAAGUUUUCAGAGUCACGCAGACAGACUUUAUAUCACUGAAGAAUGAUCCAGGAGAUGAAGAACGAAUUGCUGAGGUGCGAAAGGUCCUAAACUCAGGACAUUUUUACUUUGCCUGGUCUUCCACUGGAGUCAGCAUGGACUUGAGUCUCAAUGCACAUCGCAGGAUCAUAGAAGACACUACAGAUAACCGCUUCUUUUGGAAUCAAUCUCUGCAUCUGCACCUAAAACAUUACGGUGUAAACUGUGACGACUGGCUGCUGAGGCUGAUGUGUGGUGGUGUGGAGAUCAGGACCAUCUAUGCAGGCCACAAACAAGCCAAGGCAUGCAUCUUCUCACGCCUAAGCUCAGAGCGUGCCGGCACGCGAUUCAAUGUCCGAGGAACAAAUGAUGAUGGACAAGUGGCCAACUUUGUGGAAACUGAGCAGGUUAUUUUCCUGGAUGACAAAGUCUCAUCCUUCAUACAGAUCCGUGGGUCCAUUCCUCUUUUCUGGGAACAGCCAGGAAUCCAGAAAAAGUCCAUUAAGGGUGUUUUGUUGCAACUGAAUGAGAAUCGGCACCCUAAUAGACUGGCUGAGAACCUCCACCUGGUUGGUUCUCAUCGUGUCAAACUCUCAAGGGGAUUUGAGGCAAAUGCGCCAGCAUUUGAAAGACACUUUACUGCACUGAGGCAGUUGUAUGGUAAGCAGGUGAUAAUCAACCUGCUUGGAAGUAAAGAAGGGGAACACAUGCUCAGCAAAGCGUUUCAGAGUCACCUGAAAGCAUCAGAACAUUCUUCAGCAGUGAAAAUGGUGAACUUUGACUACCAUCAGAAUGUGAAAGGUGGAAAGGCAGACAAACUUCACAGUGUCCUCAAGCCCCAGCUCAGCAAAUUCGUAGAAGAGUGUGGUUUCUUCUACUAUUCUGGAGAAACUGGGAUAUUAAGGACUCAGGGAGGGACUAUGAGGACCAACUGCCUGGAUUGUUUGGAUAGAACCAACAGUGUCCAAGCCUUUUUUGCUCUCGAGAUGCUGCCUAAGCAGUUGGAACAAAUGGGUUUGACAGAGAAACCACAGCUGGUGGCCAGGUUUCAAGAGGUUUUUAGGACCAUGUGGUCUGCUAAUGGUGACUCCGUCAGUAAGAUCUACGCAGGCACCGGGGCCCUGGAUGGCAAGGCCAAGGCGGGGAAGCUGAAAGAUGGAGCUCGUUCUGUGACUCGGACCAUCCAGAACAACUUCUUUGACAGUUCAAAGCAGGAGGCUAUAGACAUCCUGAGGCUAGGCUCCACACUCAACAGUGAUUUGGCAGACAAAGCUCGGGCUUUGCUCACCACUUCCAGUCUUUAUGUCACUGAGCCUGUCUUACAAUCAGCAUCUCCAAGAGUAUUGUUGGGAAUGUGUCAGAACUACCAUAAAUACACAAUGCCCAAGCAGAUUCGUGUUUGCAUCGGUACCUGGAAUGUCAAUGGGGGUAAACAGUUUCGAAGCAUUGCUUUCCGCAACCAGACACUCAACGACUGGCUGCUGGAUGCUCCAAAGAAGGCGGGACAUCCUGAGUUCCAGGACAGCAGAACAAACCCCAUAGAUAUCUUUGCCAUCGGUUUUGAGGAAAUGGUUGAACUGAAUGCGGGAAACAUCGUCAGCGCCAGUACUACUAACCAGAAGCUGUGGGCAGCUGAGCUCCAAAAAAAUAUCUCACGGGACCACAAGUAUGUGCUGCUUGCCUCAGAGCAGCUGGUGGGAGUGUGUCUUUUUGUUUUCAUCCGCCCACAGCAUGCACCAUUUAUCAGGGAUGUAGCUGUUGAUACUGUAAAAACUGGAAUGGGUGGUGCCACAGGUAAUAAAGGAGGUGUGGCAAUCCGCCUGUUGUUCCAUACCACCAGCAUCUGCUUCGUCUGCUCCCACUUUGCUGCCGGCCAAUCACAGGUCAAAGAGAGGAAUGACGACUACAACGAGAUCACACGCAGACUCAGCUUCCCCAUGGGUCGUCUGCUGUAUUCACAUGAUUAUGUGUUCUGGUGUGGAGACUUUAACUAUCGUAUCAGUCUGCCUAAUGAGGAAGUAAAAGAUCUCAUCAAGCAGCAGAACUGGGAUGCCUUGACAGCAGGGGACCAGUUGUUGGAUCAGAAGAAUGCCGGUUUGGUCUUUCGAGGUUUUAUUGAGGGAAAAUUAGAUUUUGCCCCCACCUAUAAAUAUGACCUCUUCUCAGAAGACUAUGACACCAGUGAGAAGUGCCGCACGCCCGCCUGGACUGACCGUAUACUUUGGAAGAGGAGAAAGUGGAACUUUGACAAAACAGCUGAGGAGAUGAAUAUAGUAGGAGCAGCUUCUUCAUCUAGAGAUAGUGAUGAUGAUGUAGAACAAACCUGGAGCCCUGGCGCUUUAAAGUACUACGGAAGGGCUGAGCUGAAGACCUCAGACCACAGGCCUGUGGUGGCAGUGAUAGAUGUGGACAUCCUAGAAGUGGACCCAGAGGCUCGGCAUCAGGUCUACAAGGAUGUCAUUGCCCGACAGGGGCCUCCAGAUGGCACCAUUCUAGUGUCACUCUGCUCCUCCGGGCCUGACGACUACUUUGAUGAUGCACUCAUAGACGAGCUGCUAGAAAAGUUUGCUAAUUUUGGAGAAGUUAUCCUCAUUAGGUUUGUUGAGGAGAAGAUGUGGGUGACUUUCUUGGAAGGGUACUCUGCUCUGGCUGCUCUGUCUCUCAGUGCUUCCACUGUCCUUGGCAAGAUGAUUGAUAUCCGUCUGAAGAGUCCAGGCUGGAUUAAGAGUCUGGAGGAAGAGAUGAGUGUGGAGAGGAUCUGUGGAAGCAUUCCCACAUCUGCCAGCUCCACCCUGCUUGCUGAAGAUACAGACAUGGGUGAUGAUGAUUACGACAUGGAAGGUGAUGUGGACGAGGAGGUUGAGGAGAUCCUUCCUCAGCACCUGCAGCCUGGAGCAGGGACUGGCCCUGGAUCUUCCCCUCUCCCUUCUCCCAGAAGUAGCCCCUGUCCCUCCCCCACCCAUGGAGAACCCGCUGCACCCAGCAGACCUAGCCGUGGAGCACAGCCCUCCCGACCAUCACAAGGCCCUCCUGUUGACUUCCAGCCUGGUGCCCCCACAGCUCAAGGCCUGGAGCCCAAACGUCCACCUCCUCCUCGCCCCAACGCCCCCCCUGCCAGACCAGCACCUCCACAACGCCCACCACCACCUUCAGGAGGCAUGAGCCCUCUGCCAGUUAGAAGGCACUCUGGAGGAGGCAUGAGCCCUCUGCCAGUUAGAAGGAACUCUGGAGGACAAAAAAGCCCUGCUCUUCCUCGGCCAGAUGCAGCAGGUCGAGGGCAGACAGCAGCAGGAGCACCUGGACCAGGAGGUGCUUCCAGACCAAAUAUCCCUCCUCGAGCUGGGGUGAUCAGUGUGCCACCUCAGUCUCGCCCACCACCUCCAUCUCACCCUGGAGCACCAAGGCCCAUUCCAGAGGUGCAUCCCGGGGCCCCUCGCCCUAUUCCAGAUACCCACCCUGGAGCCCCACGACCUGUGCCCAGUGCCCAGACCAAACCAGCUGACCUCCCUCUGGGUCCUCAACCCUCAGGAGCACCUCCUGCAGCUCCACCUGCAGUGAAGCCCCAGGUUUCCUCACCCAUGCAGCCUCCCAUGCAGCCUCAGCCAGCUGCCCCUCCAGCUCAGUCUCAGCUUCCACCUCCAAUGCAGCCCACACUUCCAGCUCCUCUCCAGCCACAGCCAGCGCCAGCCCCUAAAGCAGCAGGUCCAUCUGCUGCACCUGCUGCUGCCGCCCCUGCCGGGCCUCCACCGAGUUUAGCCUCUCCUAAACCCCCACCACGUUCCCGCUCCUCUCAUGCUCUGCCACCUGACGCUGCCAAGUCUGAGACUGCCCCAGCUGCACAGACAAACGGACUGAAUGGGAUUCAAGGAGAAGCACAAUGGAAGCCCAACCCCUUUGACACACUUACAUCUGAUUUCUUGUCCUCCUCAUCUUCUUGGCACACCACCCAGUCACUGACCAGAGGAUCCUCCCGACGUACGCCAAAUGUCUUUUCCUCCACCACUCUCCCAUCAUCCUUCUCCCACCAGUCCUCCACUCUAGCAGAUUUGCAAGCCUUUGAUUCAUCCUCCUCUUCUUCACUCUCCACCCCAUCACCAUUUGCCUCGACGCUGCUCCCACCUCCUCCGGUCCCGUCUCGCAGCCGCUCUCAGGAGACGCUACGGGCCUCCCCCAACCCUUUCUCAGCUGACCCACUUCCUGCCCGACCCAGCAGCACCAACCCCUUCACUGGCCCACUGGUGCAGCAGCAGCAGCGGCGCCCGCUCACACCUGACUUCACUUUUCAGCUUUCGCCUCCAACAGCAAACCUUCAGAGAACUGUGUCUCUUACUCCACCACUGAUACCCACCCCAGCUCAAACAGGAGCCCCUACAGCUGUACCCACCACCCAACUCCAAAGGACCAUGUCUCUGUUUGGACCAUCAUCCAGUCUUAAUCCUGCCCCUGCUUCUUUGCUCCCUCUUGCCCUUAACCCAUCUCCUCCUCCCACUUUACCCAUGGUGGCACCCUCAUCUCUUCCACCUGCUGUCUCGCCUCGACACCAGCCACCUGGCCCAGUAGCAAAGCAAGCUAAGCAGUGGGUCACUUUCGAUGAUGAUUUUCCACCUUCAAGCAAAACUUCACAAAACCCAGUCUUUCCUUCCAGUUCCCUCAUGCCCCAAACUCAGAUGCAGCCUUCCAGUUCUGUGUUUAAUUUAGAACCAGAGUGGUUAUCUUCCAUGCCUGCAGCAAUCCCGACCCUCUCUCCUCCCAUCCCAAACAGAACUGCAACCAGUAACCCAAAGCUCCCAGAGGGACCCAGUGGCAACGGCUUAUUCCCCAGGGAUUCAAUGGAAAGAUAGAAUCACAGUUCAUAUGUAAAGGGCAUAUCCAGAUAUGUAUAGAUCUAUGAUAAAUGUGUAUAUGUGUGUAUGUACAAAAGAGACAGUAUUUAAGAAGUAUAGACCAAUUCCCUUCUGAAUCACAGGAAAGGCUUUGUACCGCGAGCAGUACGAUGACAAGAGUAUGAGCCCAAAAGUGUGUUGUUGACUUUACCUUCCCGGAUAUUAACACUUAUUUUACUAAGAAUCAUUCUGAUGGUUAUUUUUUAUUCAUGGCAGCAAACAUGUGCCUGUGUCUACAGUAUGUUAAUCAAAGUAUAUCUAUAUGCACAAAUCAUUUGUGUAGUCACUUGUGCAAUAUCGAAAUAUUCCUUGGCUGUGCACCACGCUGCAUUUGCCUGCAAAGUUUUACCUAAAUCUGUGUAACUUUUAAAAUUGCACACCGUGGUUCAUAUCCUUCAUUUUGAACGAGCUCCUCGCCAGAGUUGAUGCUAAUCUACUUUUCACAGUAUCGUCACAGAAGGUUACGCACUGCAGGUUUACAUUUGCCCCGAUGUUUGCUGCUGUCCGCAGCAGUUUUCUUUGAUUUGCAAAUAUAGUUAAUUGUAAGUUUUAUUUCUGUUCUUUUGUAUGUGAGAUAAAAAUUGAAGCAUUACACGGUAUGCUUGCUUUUAUCAUGAAUGUACUUUAUUUUGCACUGGGGGUUGUCAUCACCUCCUUGCUGAUGCCACAAUGUGGAAAAAGACAGCACGGGUCAGUCAGUGAGACUGCUCACCCAGGGACCCAUGCUCUUUAAUAUCAUCUCAUCCAGCUGAUAGAAAUGCAUUCUAUUUUCUCUCUGUUCAUUCAGGUUUCUUAUGCUUAGCUGAACAUAUUCUGUAGCCCUCUAUCAAAACCUAUACAUAGAAGUUAUGUAUAAAUUUGUGUUUUCAGUAUGGAAAAUAAUUGCUAAGUAAGUGUGUGUGUGUGGGGGUGGGUGUGGUGUGGUUGGGGGGGAUCAGUGUCAGUGGUUUGCACAGAGUAACCGAAAUGCACUGCGUGUGCACUCCUGGCUGUUGAUAAACGGAGAGCCUGAAGACUGAGUGAGCAUAAGAGGGCUUUUUUUCUCCCUCCUGUUAUUUUGAUCCUUCUUGAUUUAUCCAAAACAUCACACUAAACUAUUAAAGAAUGUGCGUGUGUGUGUGUGUGUGUGUGUUACAGUACAAAGAUGAUGUGAUCUGUGUUCAUGGCAGCAAGCACAUGCCAAGCAUCAACAAGAGGGCACUUUUUUUUUUUUCCACUUUAGUCUUUUUUUAAAAUGCUUCUUAUUUCUAAUAGAACUUAAUAUGAAUAAUCGUAAUGUUACUGUGGUGAGAAGUGAUGUGUUUGAAGUGCAUAAUCGUCUCUUAUCGUGUUUGACAGUGUUUGUGUUUGGAUGUGAGUGCGUGUACAGACUUAAGAGUGGAAUACCGGAGCUUUUCCCUUUUGAGUAUAAGCGGUGUAUUUCCUUACAGGCUCUGCACUAACGGCUACUGUAUUCACUUUCUCCUGGCUGCAGUUGUGUAUGUAUUCCCUCAGCCUGCCACAGGCUACACACAGGCUGUUACGCAACAAUGUUGACAAUACAACACAGGACUGUUUUGGGGGUUUUUUCUCAUGCCACUCUCCAUCUAAAUAAGAAUGCCUCUGUACAAAUGAGUACUCACCAUCCUGACUGACUUCAUUAGAGGGAACUACACAGUCUGCUCAGACCCAGAUGCGUCAGCAGAACACAUUUCCAGUGUGGCCCACAUUCCUGACAGAAGUUUGAUUUGAGCGUUUUCUGAUCCACAUGUGAUAUCUAUCCCUUAGUUGUUUGAGGGUGUUUUAUGACUGAGCCUCACUGAUAUCGUAACCAUUCUUCAGGUGUGUGUGUGUGUGUGUGUGUGUUGUUGUCAGAGGUGAUGUGUCAGUAUUUUGUCCUGUACUACCUACUUCACUUUUUCACUGCUGUUAGUCAGCGUUAAUGUUGACGGUGAUGAUAAGCAAUAGAUUUACAGAAGGAUGAGCAACAGGUACCAUGCCUCGACACAUGCCAUUUCCCCCAGCCUUCAGGAAUUAUUUUGUCUGGAAAGCAUUACAGUGGUCCAUGAAAGAUGAACAUCAGAUUUAAGAAUGUUCCACCUAACUAAUGCUUCUGCUUUCUGUUCAAACACAUGUAAAAUACGCAAAGAUAAUCUUCAUUCACUGCAAUGAAGGCAGUAGCUCUCUAUGUAAGCAAGUGUAUCGGCUGCCUCUGCUUACAUGUCAGUGUCAUCUCUAAAAUACAUCUAUUGUGUUAUUCAAAGUGUGCAGUAGAUACUGUAUCUGCAUUAACAGUAGGUGACUAGCCAGCGCUUUGUGUCAUGUCACAGUUUGAGAUGACAUUUUAUAGGAAAUAAAAUGCUACUUUUGUGAGGUUGGUGUCCCUUUUUAUGGCUAUAAUCCAUAGUAACUAAGAGUCUGUGUUGUGGAACAUAUUCUGUAUGUAUUAAAGUGAAAACUUGGAGCUGUAAUUCACAUUAAUAUCCAAUGUUCCAUAAUGUAUGUGCACAGCAGACAGCACAUUUAUGUAUGAAGCAGUUUAUGUUGUAUGUAUGCAAAAAUAAAUAAAUGUAUGUUGACAUGA